ACAACAAAUCAGUACAGCUUCGACGUAAUUCUCCACCAAAUUAAAACAACUUGUUUUAGUUACACAGGAUGGCCGAUUUCGACUGGAACGAUCAUCACCGGCAGCAGGUUCUACAGGGCCGACAAAUAUUAGAACGAACGUCCGCCAGUCUGGCCCGUUCGAAUCAGAUUGCCAUCGAGACGGAACAUACGGGUCAUGAAGUAAUUAAUGAACUUGAAGUGCAGCGUGAAUCUCUGCUACGCAGCCAACGUCGUCUGGAGAGCGCCAAUGACGAUCUUAGCAAAUCCGGUGCCAUCAUCCGUGCGAUGAAGCGUAAUGUGCUGUACAAUAAGCUCAUCUUGAUCAUGAUCAUCGUAAUGGAGGUGGUAAUACUCGCAGGCAUGCUUGCGUUGAAGUUCAUGUAACGAAGCAAAUAUACCGCAACCGAAUGCCAAAGCUUAAUAGAAAUGGUUUCUUUUCCCGCUGGCUAAUCAAAUUGAAUAAAUUCCUGUCAAAUCUGUGAUUUAUACACCGUUUUCGAAACAUUCAAACAAACGUUCUCUUUUGCCUGUGGAAUUAGCUCAGUUCA